AUGAACGCAUCUUUCCUCCGAAUCGCGACUUUUACGGGAAAGAGACGACCUCGUUCACUCAACUUGGCAAUAUAUCGACUCUCGGGGAUCGGAUUCGAGCUUCGGGGCUUGCUUUCCGUGGGUAGCCAGGAUAGCUCCCGCAUACUAGCUACUUUCGCCUUUCAGUAUCCGCCCUACCAUGUGCUACAUGAGGAAGGUCGAAACGUGGCUGUCGGUGGCAUGUAUGGCAAAAUUCUUCGAGUGCUUUCCAAAUCCUUGGGCUUCAGUUACAGCGUUUCGAACGCAGCAGCCUGGGGCAUCAAAGUCAACAAUACGUGGAAUGGCGCCAUCGGUCUUCUCGAUCGAGACGAAGCAGAUGUUGCGCUUUGCUGUACGAAUCCGACAGCAGAUAAGCUCGCGGUCGCACCCCUUUCGCCGAUGAUCAACCCGAUCGAGAUAAUCAUCUUGGCAGGAAGACUAACCCGUUUCAGCAAAGAUCCUUUUGCUGUACUCAAGCAACUGCAUUACGACGUGUGGGCGGCUCUUGCGAUUGGAAUUUUAUUCGUCUCCCUGCUGCUGACUGCCUCCCAGCUGGUGCUCACCAGAGCUUCGACUUUUGUGGAAGUUUGCCUUCGAUACAUUUUCCUUCUGUUCGGCAAUACUUGGAACGAAUGCAGCGGGGAACCUCCGAAAUGGAACACUAUCCGGAUGUUCUGGAUAACCUGGAUAUUCGGAAUAAGCAUCAUCCUGAUGAAUGCUUACGCUGGCCAAUUGAAGGGUGCAAUGCUCUUUAAACCGGAAAAGCCUCGUCUGAACGGACUAUGGGACCUGCAUCAGAAGCCCAAUCUGAGAGUCUAUGUGCCCGAGAACAGCUUCGAGUACAUCUUCAAGAUAUCGGACAAAACUUUUGUGCGUCAGUUGUACUCUAGGAUCGUGGAGAAACACAAGACGAGGAGGCCAGCAGCCACUCUGUUCAGUCCGGACAUUCUAUCAUCAGUUUUGUCGACUGGCGCCGCAGUCAUUGCCAGUCGUCCGGCGUGCGCCCGCGCGGCCACUGAAAAAUGCAAGAAUAGUCCGAUUGGCGAGCUCUAUGCUGGGGCAGAAAUCGUUUAUUCGUUCCAUGCCGUUCUGUUUCUCAAUAGGAAAUUGCCCAGCUACAAACAGCGACUCAUCAAUCGGAGCAUCAGACGACUGAACGAGGCAGGACUCCUCCUGUCUUGGUUCAGGCAAGUUGCUGGGGCUUGGAAAGGAUGUCUCGGAACAGCAGUUCCUGAUGGUCAUCAGCUUCAAUCGCUGCACGUGGCAGACAUAGAGGGCAUUUGCUACGUUGGUCUCAUAGGACAUACAAUCGCAGCGAUAGCAUUUGUGAUAGAGAAGAUCCAAAUCCCUGCCGGUAGAAUGAGAGGAUGA